CCUUUUUUCGAUUCAAGAGGACAAUAUUUCGUCCCACUGUACUUAGUUACCAUCUUCCCUUGUAUGGUCCCAAUUAGAAGAAAUGAGCGCGCCAAAGCAUCGAAAGGUGGACAGCGAAAAUCGUUCUUUUAAAGAACGUUGGGAGUUGGAUUAUUUUUUUGUUAAAUGCAAUGGGAAACCACUAUGUUUAUUGUGUUCUCAGAUUCUGGCAGUCUGCAAAGAAUACAAUGUAAAGAGACAUUAUAUUUCUCUACACGAAAAAACAUAUUCCCAGUAUACUGGAGACCAUAGAAUGGCUAUACUGAAUGAAUUAAGGAGUAAACUGAAUAAGCAGGAGACUGUAACAAGCAUAGAAACUGCAACCGAUACUGCCGCACUGAAAGCAUCCUUUAUAAUCUGUGAGGAAAUUGUUAAAAGAAAACAAGCAUUUGACAGUGUAGAUGUUGUUAAGGAAUGUGCCGUUAAAAUGGCCAGAGUUUUUGGAAAUGAAGAAAUGGCAGCAAAAUUUGAUUCAAUUUCCCUUCAGCCCCAAACCGUUGCCCGGCGCGUUUCUGCCAUGCAUCAGCAGAUCACUCAAAAACUGCAUGCAAUUCUAAAAAAUUGCUGCUAUUUUUCCCUCGCUUUAGACGAGACCACGGAUUCCUGUGGAACAGAUCUUUUGGUUAUUUUUAUUCGUGCCAUCGAUGAUGGCUUUAAUAUUUCUGAAGAUAUUUUAAAAUGCGUUUCGUUACCCAAGACGGCAAAGGAAGAAGACCUUCUAAAUGAGGCUAAAAGUUCCCUCUUGGAAUAUGGGGGGUUUGAUAAAUGUACAAGUGUUAUGACUAAUGGUUCCAAAUCAAUGACUGCAAAAAGCCUUGGUCUUUCUGCAUUGUUAAGGAAAGAAGGUGCAGACUGCGUGGUGUUGCACUGCAUCAUGCACGAAGAGAUGUUGAUCGGGACUUUACUCAAGAUGUCGGAUGUUAUGGAGGUUGUCGUAAAGAUUUCAAAUUUUAUUCUAGAAAAGAGAGGUUUUAUAACAGCCGUAACAAAAAAGAAGUUCAAGACAUUCCUGGAUGAACUCAGUGCAGCUUAUGGUGACUUUGAUUCGCACAAAAAUGCUUAUUGGUCAAGCGCUGGACAAUGUCUGUUUAGAUUUUUUAGCCUGCGAAAGGAGAUUUAUCUGUUUUUGAAGGACACAAAUUACGACCCUAUCUUGACAGAAAGUCUAUGCAAUGAGGACUUUCUCAGUUCUCUUGCGUUCUUAACAGACCUCACACACUAUUUACAUUCCCUGAAGAAAAAUAUUGAAGCCAAGGACCAACUUAUCACACAGCUGUACACUCACGUUUCCGUGUUUAGCAACAAACUCAUGCUGCUGAAACUCAACCUGAUAAGCAACGACUUAACGUACUUUGAGUCUUGUAACGAACUCUACAGGGAGUAUGAAGAAUGCAAUAUUUUUUUAGACUUUAGCAAGUUUGUGGAAAAAAUAGAAGUCCUGAUUGAAAAUUUCAAUCUAAGAUUCCAGGAUUUCAGCAAAAUCAAUUCUUGCUUCAAACUGUAUAAUAAUCCACUUACGACAGAUAUAAUAAGUGAAAGGAUGGAGUAUCACAUGGAAUUGUGCGACCUACAGGCAGACCUGUUCUUUGCUACGAGGGAAGAACUAGGAGUGCCCUUUUUCAGACUUCUUCCUAAGGAAAAAUACCGUAACCUUAGGGAUUUGGCACUCAAAAUGACUUCUAUGUUUGGCAGUACCUACAUAUGUGAGAGGGCAUUUUCAGAGUUAAAUCACCUAAAGUCAAACUACAGAAACAGUAUUUCAAACCGCACAUUACAAGAGAUUUUGCAUCUUUCUAUAACCAACAUCAACUUGAACUUUGAUGAACUUGUAUUAUAGGCAGGUAUUACAGGUUUGUUUCCUGUGCCAAGCCAGAAACGUGUAGCUCUCAGUCCUUUAAAGCUAUUUGCACUGUAGGGGGCAUUUAAGUAUUGCAGAUAUUAGAUGGGCAAGUGCUAUUGGCAGAAAUCAUAUAUAAGCAAAUCAAUUCUAAUUUUUUUUUUCAAGAAAGCCAGAGACAGAAUUGACCAAGAGAUUUCUUGAAAACUGUUUGUUCGAUGGUUCCACAAAUUGUUCGAACUUGGAAAAUAUCAUCCAUUCCUUUACCUGCUGUAGUACACUUAGCAGCAAUAGUGUGUGUAUGUUCUCCCCUGUAAAUGCAGUUACUAACCUUAUAUCCUGGUGCUGGGUCACUGUUUUAAAAAAAAUCACCCUAGGGUACUUUUCUUCAGAAUAUGGGGAUGCCAUUUUGGCUGCAAGGCCAAGGCACCACCUAGGACUAUGGGAAAGUGAUCAAUACCAGCCUCUGUAUAAAAAUACACCAUGUUUGUUUCUUAAAGUGGUGCAUCUGCAGAUACGAGUGUAUGUUAUUGGAGGAGGGGUUGUUCAAUGACAAUGUGCCCUGGUCUUUUUGUGCUUUGAUUUUAAAUUGUUGGAAAGGGAGUUAUCAGCUGGACAACAAUGCAGAAGUCAAUUGGAAAAGUGCGUUGCUAGGGCUGUGUGAAAUCAUAGUAGGGAAAAUACUGAUUUCUUUCAACCAUAAACUCUUCUUGAAAAGCAGAUGACAAGUAUCUAUGCCCUGAGUGUCCUAAUUUAUUCUCCACCCAUUCAUGUGUGCCUUCCAUAGUGGGUGGUGCACAGAUUCUCUAGAAAGCAGAGUUCCAGAAUCUCUUCACGAUAGAACAAGGUGAUGGAGUGGUUGCACGACACUAAGAGCCUGUGAUACCAUGAUAAUCUGUGAUUUCUAGAAUAGGAAACUGAUCAUAAAGAUCAUAGACAGAUUAUCAUGGUCUGCGUAAUUAGAUUUGUUUGGGUAAAAAUAUGUAUGUUUUUUUUUUUUUUUGGCAGUUUGGAUAGCCCAACUUGAAUGAGCUUGUAACAAUUGGGGGCUAUAUUUUUCUUUUAAUGAUCACUGUUUAUGGGGUUAGUUUGUCUACUCUCCCCACUUUUGAGCCGUGCAGUGACUCCAAAUAGGUGGCAUAUUGCGUGGCUUCAUUUCACACAUUUUCUUAUUUAUUCUCUGCUGGGUAAUCCAAAGAGGUAAUUUUUGUUGUUUUUCUGUUUGAACUAGGUGUUUCUCUACAUGGUUCUAAAUUCACAUUGAAGCAAUAAGAAACCAUUUGAUUAGGAACAUAAACUCCCCGGUCAGAGUGAAACUGCCUGGAAUUAGGCCUAAUUUUGUGAGGUUUUGAAAAUGAUAAAGAA